UGUUUGUACUAAAACGGCGUCGUAGCUUGGUGUCUUAUCUGGUUAAGAAAUCAUCACAAAACAAAACACUUGAACGAAUGAAGUGAUGGUAAAACAGCUUGUGAGAGAUUGAAAAUUGAGAUCAACGAAUCAUGUCAUGGUUAGCAAGAACAAUCGCAAACUCUCUCAAAAUCGACGAAGAAAACGAAGAAGAAUCAGAAAACCCUAACAACAACAACAGCAACAAUCCUAACCCAAAAUCCGAAUCACAAACCGAUCCACAGCCCGAAUCAGAAUCACCAUCCGCAUCAAGCCCCACCGCACGCGGCGUCAAAGACGACAUCUCCGAGCUAACAAAAUCCUUUUCCCGCCAAUUCUGGGGCGUCGCUUCUUUCCUAGCACCACCUCCCGAUCACGAUCACGAUUCUAAAACUCGCGAUUCCGAUCCGAAUCUCGCUGAUGAAGAUGUUAUCGCUGGAAUCCGAAGCGAUUUUGCUGAAAUUAGUGGAAAAUUCAAAAGCGGAAUCUCGAAGCUUUCUGGUAAUAAAACUGUUUCUGAAUUCACGAAGAUCGCUUCGAGUUUUCUUCAAAUUGGAUCUGAAGAGGAAUAUGAUCUCAACGGUGUUGUUGGAGUGACGGAGGAGGUUGUUAAUUUUGCCAGAAAUUUAGCUAUGCAUCCUGAAACUUGGCUUGAUUUUCCUCUUCCAGAUGAUCCUGAUUCUGAUGAUUUUGAUUUGUCUGAUGCACAACAAGAACAUGCUUUGGCUGUUGAACAUUUGGCUCCAAGGUUAGCUGCUCUUAGAAUGGAGCUUUGUCCUGGAUAUAUGAGUGAUGGUUGCUUUUGGAAGAUUUAUUUUGUACUAUUGCACCCUAAACUCAGCAAAAAUGAUGCCGUUAUUUUAUCAACUCCGCAAAUAAUGGAGGCUAGAGCAACGUUAACUCAGGCAAUAGACCGAAGAAGUAAGGAAAAGAAAGAAGUGGACUUGAGCAACAUUCCCUCAAAAGUGGAGGAACAAGAACAACACCUUUCUGUACCAAGCAAUGCUCAGCUUGAAUCAGUGCCUCUUCAGACCUCUGCUGUUGAAGAAGCUCCGCCUAUGGUUGUGUCUAAUGUGAAGACGGAGGAACAUUCUGUUAAAAGCGAUGUAACACAACCUAUUGAGAAGUCUGUGGUUAAAGAAACCCCAAUUAAUCCAUCUGCAGAACAGUCAUCAUCUAGUUCAGCAAAACGAUUCUCAUAUGAAGAAUCAGACGAGGAUGAUGCCGAUGAUUGGUUGAAAGAGGAGGAUAGUUCUGAAAUAGUCGGACCCAGUGGAACUACCAAUCAUACGGGUGAUGAAGAGGAUGUCUCAUUUAGUGAUCUCGAGGAGGAGGAGGAUGGUGAUGUACAUGCAAGUAAUAAGAAAACAUCAGGUUCUGAUUCAUCCACAAAAGACUCCCGAGAUUGGGUUCAGUUAGGUAAAAGUUCACCUAACUCUGAUAAAGAUAUAAACUCUAUGGAAAGCAGACAUGCAGGCUCUGGGCUUUCCAGUGCUCGUAAUUCUGUGUCUAAGGAUUCAAAUGAUUGGCUUAAUGUUGAUGAUAUUGAUGUAAUUUGAUAAUGCCACGGUAAAUGUCCUAGAGGUAAUUUCUUUAUAUGGUUCUCUUCUACUUUGUGAAUACUUGCAUACACCUUAUCUGUACUCUAUGAUUAACCUCUGAAGGCCGUGCUUUGUGUAAAUAAAGCCAGUCUCCACUGGGCUUUGUGCUAUGUAUGGUUACUACUGCACUGUACUUGAUUCUUCUAUUUGAAUUUGAUAUAUUGAAAUAUUUAUCGAUUAUUCAAGUUUAUUGGUCA